AUGAUACUGUGUGAGGUGCGGAAUGCAAUCUUCUCCCACGUUUCUGUUCCUACGAAGGAGUCAUUGACAUGUACCAAGGAACCGCAAGACAAUGCCUCCUGGGACAGAGAGUCCCACACUACCACCAUGCUGCUGUGCAGAUCCAAGAGUAGCCAGACUCCCCUGGAACACCAGUUAUUUAUGGAGGAGGCCUACAACUCAGCUGUCUGCUUCAAGAUGCUCCGAGACAUAGGCACCUCAGACCUUCUCCAAGUCAAGUACAUCACCAAGAAGAUAAAGAAGAUGGCUCAGAGGUCCCCCAACCUGGUGAUGGAAACCAUACAUGACUACUUCAAAAACAACCCAGAGAUUUCCUGCCGACACAGAUUCCGGCUGUUCCAGGUCCUGGUGGCAGCCAUUGGAGCCCUUGAUGUCUUGGAGGAGACCUGGCAAAAGUGCUUCAUGCAGCUGGCCCUGGAGCACAUGACCAAGUCCACGGAACUAGAUGUUACAUAUCAGGACGCAGCCAGCAAUGUGUUACUAGCCCUCUGCCGGCAUUCAUGGCCAGCAGUGGCCAAGCACUUGGAGACGGAGCUCCUGACGGGUGUCUUCCCACACCGCAGCCUCUUUUAUGUGAUGGGCAUCCUGUUCUCUCAAGAGGAGCUUCUCAAGAAAGAAGACAGGAAGAACUGGAAAGAUCUGCUUUCCCAGAUGGCCAGAAAGUCGGUGCCGUUUCUGAACAUGGACGUGUGGUCCAAGGAAUUGCUGUGGGCCAUCACCAAGUCUGGCAGGACACAGCAAGAGCACUCCCCAGACAAGGCCUUCCUGUUUACCUACUAUGGGCUAAUCCUUCAAGCUGAGGAGAACAGCACUACCGUGAGGAUACAUCUCAAAACCCUCUUGGAAACGUCUCACCAGUGGGCCAAGCAAAGGGAGGGCAUUGCUCUCACAGUCGGGCUGGUUGCAGUACGUCACUUAGAUGAUGCCUGGGCCAUCCUAGAACAGUUUGGGCGGAGCACACCCUUCAAGUGGAGCCUACAGAACUUUUCCCUGAAGCCCCACAGCCACAACCUUGAGGACCUUCGGUGGAAGUGGGCCAGCUGCACCAUCCUCCUCUCCUACGGCCAGAUGGCAGCCUGGGCCAAGAGCUACAUCCUGCCUUGGGUGGACAACAUCUUAUCCAGGAUGAUCUUCUACUUCCGCUUUAGCUCUUGGGAUGAGACCCUGAAACAAAGCUUUCUUACGGCUGUCACGAUGCUGGUGGGGGCCAUCAGCCGGAGUGAAGGUGCCCACAGCUACGAGUUCUCCCAGACGAGCGAACUCCUCGAGUGUCUGAUGACAAUGAUUGAGAAAGAACCGGAAGACACACUGCUCACCAGCAUCCGUCAGCAAGCCAUCAACAUUAUCUCCAGCCUCUGUGAGCUGAGGCCACCCAUGGAUAUGGACAGGAAAUCCCGCCUCCUCUCCAUCUGCUUCCGAAGCAUCUUUACCCUGCCACAGCUGGAUGUCCUGGAGAAACACUCUUCCCACCUCCUGGAACCACCCAACAUCCAGGGACUAUUCAGCCAGACCAUGGAGGCACUGGACCACAUGCUGCAGUGUUUCAUGGUGCAGAACCCCACAGCCAAUGAGCUACACUUCCUGCUAUCGCACCUGUACAUCUGGCUGACAUCAGAGAAGACUCAGGAGCGACAACGGGCGGUGCACAGAUGCACAACACUCUUCAAAUUCCUGACAGAUAAAUGCUGCCUAAGUACCAAGGAGAACUUCAUAAGGAUCGGGCAGCUGGUGGCCAUGCUGGGGCUCCUGUGCCAGGACUCUGACAGAACCAUCCAGAGCUUCAGUCUAGAAGCUUUGGGCCAUCUCUAUCAGCUUCUGAUGCACCAGAAAGCCCAAGAAACUCCAGAAGUGGAGAGGGAAAGCCCUCGGGAACUGUUCGGGCCUGAUGCAGAAGAAGCUUCCCUAUGGAGCAGUGGAGACCAGAAGGGGUCUCCUCCAAUCCUCUGGGGGACAGCAUCCAAAGAUGACAGCAUCUUCCACAUGAACAGCAGCCAAGCCCUCAAGGUAAUCACGAAUCAUCUGGAAACGGCAGAGCUGACCGACCUCAUCUGGACAGCCAUUGAUGGCUUGGGCUCUACCAGUUCUUCCUGGGUGCAGGCAGCUGCUGAUUUGCUUCUCCUUGUCAUCCAGGAGCAUGGGGACGGCUUGGCAACUGUUGGUAAAAUGGGCCAGGCCAUCCACCACCACCUCUGUGCCAUCCAAAUGCCCCAAGCCAAGGACAGUGCCCUGCGUGUCAUCACCCUACUGGCCAGGAACCACAUUCCAGAGCUGGUGGCUGCCUUCCUAGACUUUUCCUCGCCCCUGGACAGCCACGCCUUUCGCCUGUGGAGGGCCCUGGGAGCUGAAGAGCCUGCAAGCUACCUGAUUCUGACUGUGCUGCUGGCUUGGCUGCAGAAGAGGCCUCUGCCCCCUAGUGUCGACGACAGCAGCUCCUGUCCCAAGGAGAAGCCCUACUUGCGUUCACUGGCUGCCAUGAACACAAUUCACGAACUACAGUUUGCGCGAGAGUUCAAGAAAGCUGUGCAGGAUAUCUUUCCGCAGCUGUUCCUGGCCCAUCUGACCCAAAUGCACUAUAUCCUGGAGCUGAACCAACCCACAGAGUCUGAGCAGGAGGCAGCCAUGCCAAGCCCUCAAAGCCUGGCCUCUCUGCUUGGCUGCAGCACGUCACUGGAGGCACUGAAGAGCCUGCUGUCCACCACAGGACACUGGCAUGACUUUGCUCACCUGGAACUGCAGAGUGCGUGGGAAUACUUCACUUCCAUCCACACCUAUCCACAGGCUGUGGGACUCCUUGCCAGGGCCAUGGUGCAGAAUCACUGCACACAGAUCAAAGCACUUCUUGGCUACUUGCUACCCAACCUGCAGAGCCAGCAGGAGCGAGAAAGGAAGACAGCCAUCCUGCUCCUCAUUGAGUUCCUCUAUAGCCCUGCCCUGUUGGAGGUGCUUUCUAAACAGGCUGCCCUGACUGUACUGGCUCAAAGCCUCCAGGACCCCAGCUCUGAGAUCCGUGUGGCCAGCCUGCAGGGCCUUGGAAACAUACUCUUCCACCCGGAGAAGGAAAGCCUGCUCCAGGGUCAGCUGCCAGCCUUCCUCAAUGGCUUCUUCCAAAAGAACAAAGCAGUGGUAGUAGGCAUUAUGGGUAUAGUUUCGGAUGUACUGCACCGCCUGGGCACACAGGGCGCAGGUGCACAGAGUCUCAACAUCGCUAUCAACACCCGCUACUACUUUGAUGACGAACAGGACAAAGUUCGAGCAGCAGCUAUGGCACUGUUUGGGGACCUGGUGGCAACCGUGGCAGACAAGGAGCUGAGCAACCUGCGGACCCAAGUAUGCCAGAGUAUGGUGCCUUUGCUCCUGCACCUGAAGGACCAGUGUCCAGCUGUUGUCACGCAGGCCAAGUUCACAUUCUACCGCUGUGCUGUGCUGCUCCGCUGGCAGCCACGGUACACACUGUUCUGCACUCUAGCCUGGGAAACCGGCCUCAGCGCCCGCCACUUCCUCUGGACCUGCCUGAUGAACCACAGCCAGGAGGAGUUCAGCAUCCACCUGUCACAGGCCAUCAACUACCUGCAUAGCCGUCACCGCCACAUCAAGACCUGGGCAGCUUUUUUUAUAGGGUACACCACCUGCAACCAUCCCCAGGCAGUGUCACAGAUCAUAAGUGACAACGACAUUAAGUUGUUAUUCUCCACUUUUAAAGAGCUCAAAAAGGACCCAGAACCCGGCAUCCGGGAAUUUGCCAGCAGACAGCUCUCAUUCUUUUGGAAGAUGUCAGCCAGAUCCAAGAAGUGA